ACCUCUCCUCCCUGGUCGUCCUCUGCGGGCCUGCUGCUCUCUGCUGCAGAGACGGGCUGCGUGACGUCAGCAGAGGCUGGAGCGGCUCCUCGGUUGAAGCGGAGAAAAAAAAAUGGGGAGAAGAUUGCGAGGACCUCAGACAGAGGAACCAUGACAGAUGAAGUGAAAGGACCAGUUGAACGGUUCCACAAUGGUCGGUCAUGUGACUCGGCCGGCCUCCUCCACUAGCGCACGGCAAACACUUCCUCCCACUAACUUGCCGUCGCCGCCUUGUCGUCCAGUUUUCACCAUGAGAGGAUCUGUCAGGCGCUCGACCUCUGUGCCCUGGUACUGGCGCCGCUGUUGUGCCGCGUGAGCGCCGUCCCCCCCCCCCCCACCCCCCCUCUCCGGCAGUGGCUGCACUGGAAUGGCCUCUCUGGACCUGCCGUACCGCUGUCCUCGCUGCGGGGAGCACAAGCGCUUCCGGAGCCUGUCGUCCCUGCGCGCCCACCUGGAGUACAACCACACGUACGAGACCCUCUACGUCCUCUCCAAAUCCAACAGCGUGUGUGACGCCGCCGCCCUGCUGCCGCUGGUGGCCGAGGGAGGCCUCCUCGCGCCCGCCAACAACAACGACCCGUUCGAGCCGCUGCGACCCUCGGCCCUGAGGGAGCGGCGCUUCCCUUGUCGCGAGCUUCCCUGUGCGGACGACUUGAGUCUGACGCCGGCCAACUCCAACGCCGCGGCUCGGUACAUUCCCAAUGUGGAGUUUCCCCUGGGGGAGAUUUUUAUGAAGAAAGCUAUGUCGUCCGCGGACCCCGGUCCCCACGGCAACCCCAGCACAGCUGUGGCAGUGGCGGCCAAUGUAGCGGCCAGCGCUGUGGAGGCGGCCUACGAGGAGGGCCUGGCCAGGCUGAAGGCGCGGGCGUUUGAACGACUGGAGCUGGACGAGCGGCUCGACAAGCUGUCUGAAGAGGUGGAGCAGAAAAUAGCGGCCCGCGUAGGUCGUCUUCAGUCGGAGCUGGAGAGGAAGAGCUCGGAGCUGGAGCGGGCCAAGCUGGAGAGCGAACGGCUGAGCCAGGAGAAACAAGACCUGGAGGACAAGGCCUCCGAGCUCUCUCGACAGGUGGACGUCUCUGUGGAAAUGCUGGCCAACCUCAAACAGGACCUGGUGAACAAGGAGCAGGAGCUCAACCACAAACAACAGGAAGUCGCCCAGAUCGACCAGUUCCUCCAGGAGACGGCGGCGCGUGAGGCCAAUGCCAAGGUGCGGCUGCAGCAGUUCAUCGAGGAGCUGCUGGACCGAGCCGAUCGCGCCGAAAAACAGCUGCAGAUCAUCAGCAGCUGCGGCAGCACGCCGAACGGCAGCCUGGGGCGCUGUAGCCUCCAGGCCUCCAAGGGCAAUGGACGCCAGAGAAACUCCAGCAACUCUGGGAGCACAAGAGGCAUGUACCACGUGUCCGACCGGCGUUCCUCCCCCAGCACAGGAGCGUCGGGCCGGAUCAAGUCCGUCUCACAGGGCUCCGGCGGUUACGACAGCGACAGCGUUGAGAUGCACCCCAUGGAGGACUGUCCGGAGUCUCAGUACUAUCACAUGCAGUGCCGGCUGGGCGAGGCGGGCUACGAGCGCUCCCCGGGGUGCGGCGGCGGGGGAUCCAGGAGCUGGGGUCUUCGCAAACAGGCCAUCCAGAAUUGGCAGCGGCGACCUUACAGGAACAGCACGGAAGGCGAGGAAGGAGACGUGUCUGACGUGGGCUCCCGGACCACUGAGUCGGAGGUGGAGAUGUGGGAACAGGAGAGGAGAGCUGUGGCUGAAGUCCAGCAGUCGGCACCUCCCUACUCUCACCACGGCAGGACGGGGUAUCGGCCCAACACAGGUCGUUCUGAGGGGGUCUACAAGCCCUGCCGCCAUGAAAAGAGCCCAUCCAGAUCCAACGAGGUGAUCAGUCCAGAGAUCCUCAAGAUGCGCGCCGCUCUCUUCUGUAUCUUCACCUACCUGGAUACUAAAACCCUGCUGAGAGCUGCCGAGGUCUGCCGGGACUGGAAGUUUGUGGCUCGUCACCCAGCGGUGUGGACCAGAGUGCUGCUGGAGAAUGCUCGCAUUUCCUCCAAGUUCCUGAGCACAUUGUCUCAGUGGUGCACUCAGACGCACUCCCUCAUCCUGCAAAACCUCAAACCAAGACAGCGAGGCAAGAAGGAAACCAAGGAGGAGUAUGUUAAAAGCACACGUGGCUGUCUGGAGGAAGGCCUGGAGGCGUUGUUAAAGGCCACAGGAAGCAACCUUCUGAUACUGAAGAUUUCCCACUGCCCCAACCUGCUGACUGAUCGCUCCCUUUGGCUGGCCAGCUGCUACUGUCGAGCUCUGCAGGCUGUAACCUACAGAAGUGCCACAGAUCCAGUUGGCCAGGAGGUAAUCUGGGCCCUCGGAGCAGGUUGUAGAGACAUCAUCUCCCUACAAGUGGCGCCACUACAUCCAUGUCAACAACCCGCUCGUUUCAGCAACCGAUGCCUGCAGACGAUUGGAAGGUGCUGGCCACACCUCCGGGCCCUUGGUGUGGGCGGAGCUGGAUGUGGCAUUCAGGGGCUGGCCUCGCUCGCGAGGAACUGCAUGCGCCUGCAGGUGCUUGAAUUGGAUCACGUGAGUGAGAUCAACCAGGAGGUGGCAGCAGAGGUGUGCAGAGAGGGCUUGAAGGGUUUGGAGAUGCUGGUGCUAACUUCUACACCAGUCACCCCCAAAGCGCUGCUCCACUUCAACAGUGUUUGCCGCAACCUGAAGUCUGUCGUGGUUCAGAUCGGUAUAGAAGACUACUUUGAGGACCCCAACAGCCCCGAAGCUAGAAAACUGUUUGAUGAGAUGGUCAUCAAGCUUCAGGCUCUGAGAAAGAGACCCGGCUUCUCCAAAAUUCUCCACGUUAAAGCAGACAGUCUCUGCUAACAUCAUUUGAGCAGAUUCUUCAAGUCUUGGAGAGGCGCCGCCUUGGCUCGGUUUAUCAAGAAGACACAGCUGUUUUGAGCGCGCUCCACCGGGUUGAAAAAGUCUGCAACACAGACAGAAACAACAGAAGAGCACCAUGACGAACCGGGGCCGAGGCUCAAUGCGCAUACUCCCAUAACUCAUAAACUACCCCCCCGUGAGGGCAGAUCUCUAACUCAUGUCGGCUUGGUGGCUUCUUUCAAUGAGCCUCACAAGACUCAGAUGACACCACAAAACAGAUUCCUCUUUCAAAGCCGUCUCCUGCUUUUAAAAGAAGAAGAAGAAAAAAAGGAUUGUGUUGUCACACAGAGCCGGAUCCCAUCCUUGAGACGCCUGGAGCCGGGUGACAGCGCUGUAAUAAUUCUUGACACAUACUCAAGACUACCCUCAACAUCGACGGCUGGCGGGCAGCAGCACAUCGUGAAGCGUAUAAUGAUUUCCUCAAGAAAUUUUGAGCACUCAAGGUUAGCAUACCUUGACAGUCCACUCAGCCGAUUGCGAGGCAGAGAUGCAUUUGCCCUCCGCUACCAUCCCCUGCUUUCUCAUACAACCUUUGAGUGGUUUUGAUAGUUUUAGUAUCUCGGAAUGCAGUAUUUGAUGCUUUUCAUCAGCAAGACUGCAAAGGUGAUCCGUAAGGCCGUUCUCUCAGAGGACUGGUGCCAUCUGUAACAGCGUCUGUCCUCAUUCCAGUCAGCGUUUUCUCCAAUGUGCCAUUAAUGAGGGAGGAGGGACCAGGGUACGGAAUCAAAUUCAACAUUUUAACUUAACAUUAUUGUAGUUUGAUUUGAGUGUAAAGCAGUUUCAUGUUUCAUAAUGAACAUGCUCUCCAGGGGUAAACAGGUGUUACAGUGUUGGUAUAUCAUGUGACAGUGCCAUUCCUAUUCAUAAUGCUCAUCAUGGCUGAGGCCUCCUUGUUUAUAUUCGACAGCUGACCCCACGUGGCUCCCUCUGCUGGUUUUUCCAAGCAUUUACACAGCCAACAGCCAGCUAACGGGAUUUGACACUUUGGACACUUUGCACCUUUCACUAUUUUGCAGAACUCAAAACCGCACAGAUCACUUCCUCCGUAUCACCUUCGAAUCAGGAAUUUGAUUUGGUGUUUAUUUGGUAGGAUUUGCGGCUGCUAUUCAGUUUAGGCCACGUCGCAGUAACUCUUAUGAAGCAUGAGUACCAAUGCUGUGGUGAUAUUUAGUGUACGCUGCUACACAUCGAGACCAGUUUAUUAUUCACGUGGAAUAACACUGUCUUCUGGCUCUGGAGGAGCUUUGUCAGGUCUGAGAAAAUAAUCCUUGGAAUUCCAUCAGGCGCUUCUCGGUUUUUUAACUAAUGAUAGCACAUUACGGAGCUGGAAGGUACGUAGUCUGAAGAAAUGUGAAAAGAUGGGUUUACAUGUACGGUCCAUAGGAAAUACCAUGGAUGGGAGUUUCUUAAGCUUGACCCAUACUAGGGACCAAAAGGUAGGGUUGUUCGGCUUUUGCUGCAUUGGGUUCCUUUUUCUGUGAGUCCCCGAACAUUUUGAGAGUGCAAUACUAAAUCACUGGAGCUCCUGUUAGACAUUUACAAUCAGUUUUCUUUCAAGAUAACUUGCACACUAUUUUGAAACAGACGAUUCCCAUCUUGUAGAACAUCAUAACCUCGCCACGUAUUUACCCGCUUCAUUUGUCUUCACCACGUUAACGUUCCUCAGAACGCCGCGGCCGUUUUCCCGAGCAGGCGUUUUUUGUUGUCGCUGACAAGCAGAGCUGAUGUUUUGGGGUUCUCUGCUUUACUGUCCAACAUGUUGAUGGAGACUUGUGUAGCUGCAUAUUGUACUGAUGAUGUUCCUGGUGAAUGUGUGAGAACAUGUGGAUGUUCAUUUCUUCUUGUUCUUCCAGUACUGCAUAUUAUUGUCCCGUUCUGGUACUGAGUCAUUGGAGGGAAGUUAGUUUGGGAAAAGUGUAAAACACAAUAGCGAAAAAACAAAGCACUUGUUGGUUUGAAGUUUUAGACAAUCCUGCCUUCGCUAUCAGCUACUCUGUACAUACUGUUUGUAAAAAAAAAAAAAGGACCAACAUUUGAUGUUAUAUAAUAUUUACGGUCUUCAUGCUGUAAGCAUCUUCUCUCCAAAGUUGAAUGAAAGAUAAACAUAGAGAAUUAUAUUAUGUAUAACAGUAGUGUUGAAUUUGCAGUUGUGUAUUAGAUACUUUAUAUUAAAUGUGCAUCAGAGUCAUAUAGAGAUGGAAAUUAUUUAAGAAGAGGAUAAAGUAUUAUUCAGCUAUUUAUUUCUAUAAAAAGAGCGAUGUGUAUAAUGUUGGCAUGUUUGUGUUUGAGCAUCAAUCAUUAAGUUGCCUUCUUAAGUGUUAACUGCUACUGUGACAAGAUAAUUAUUAGAUGUUUAAAGAGCUUUGAUUGCCUGCAGGUUAAUAAUGCUUAUUUUUUUUGUUGAUCCAGUCUGUUGUUGCACUAGUGAGAAAAAAUAAGAAAUUUCAGAUGUUUAUUAUAAAAGUGUUGUUUUUUUAACGUUCAACUAUUUGAUGCACUUUUUUUCCUGAACACUUCGACCCGUCGGCCUUUGGUUGGGUCCGAAGCGGUUUCCCGUCAGCGGGACGCUUGGCGGCGUUUCCUGUAGUGGAAUGAAACGGAGGGUUUGCUUACAUGCUCGGCUUCAUGGGAGGUAGAUUUAGGAAAUGCAGCGACUACAUUCAGCCUCUUUUCUCUUAAUCCAUCAAGGUAAACAGCGAACCUGAUUCAACAACAUUCAAGUGCUUUUUAGGUUUGUUGCCAACACGAACCUUACGUUCACCCCCUUGUGUUUGUCGCUGUCAUCGCUUUGGUUUUGCAUUUUAAUGCAGAUUUUAUGCUCAUACCAUAAGUAGAGCCCAGCUUUUUUUUUGUGAAAAUGGACCUGCUGAUGAUGUAACAGAGCCUAUGUGCUCUGAUACUGCUGAUUAGAGGUGCCAGGUAAUCACAUUCUGGCCUAUACCGCUCCAAAAAUAAAGCAUAAUCAUUUGUAAAUGAUUUAUUCACAAACUGAAGCAUCUCUAAAAACCAACUUGCUUCCGCAUACUCAUGUUUAUUUAAACCAAUUUCAAUUCCUCCUGUUUUGCGCUUGUAUGUAUAAUGCAUCCUAAUGUGCAAUUGAAAAACAGUGUCUGAGUGUUCAUGUAUCUUUCUGUACAUAUUUAAUGAAUGAAUGAUUGUAUUCUGCCCAUUCAUCUGAAUAGUAUUUUACACAUUACCUCAACACUUAUCUGGGCAAUUAAGUGUGCAGUUCGUCUAUUUUUUCCUUCCAACUGCCAUCGACGGAUACGCCACUCGACCCAUGAACUUCAUCCAUCUUGCUACAGUGACAAAAUGGAAUCUAUCGCUGAAAAGAACUUUCCUAAAAGUUGAUCAGCCUUCUGCGAUGACUGCAAUAGAGGGAAAUGUUUUACUACUCAUUUACACGCAUUUGUUGCCAUCAAUAAAAUUGCUUUAAAUUGUAA